AAAUAGUCUAACAGUUGAAGACAUGGAAAAGGAAAAGUUGUCACUGCUCAAAUCAGACAUUCGUCUUCAGGAGUUUCAAGAGUUUGUAAGAAGAGUGCAAACGUUGCAGAUGUCAUCGACAGAGGCUAUUGAAAAAGAAGAUUCUAUAGCUAAUCACAGCAUGGACUCUAGUUCGUUUCCAAUUGAAGUCGGCGUGGAACCUUCGAUGUUAAUGGAACUUGAAGACAUUGACAGUGUGGUGCCUUUAUCAGCAUCGUCACGAAGGGAUGGUCAAACUAAGUCCACGGCGACUACAAAUAUAAGAGUAACUGUCGGUAUAGAUAAAGAUUUAGAAAUGAUUCUUGAAAUGGAUCCAAGCAUCGUAGAUUUGGGCGAUAUUAGCACCGAAACUACAGAACCGCGCAUAGUGGGUCUACCGCCUCUCUCGGGUGGACCAACGUUUAAAACUGCAACUCCUACAUCGCGGACGCAGCUAAAACUUCAAUUGCAACGUGAGCAACAGCAGCAGGAACAGCAGCAACAAAUGAUGGUGCAGCAACUGAUAUCACCAGAUCCAAAAAUGCAGCUUUUGUUUGGCAUGGGUCAGGGGUCGACUGAGUCGGAAUUCAUAAACAGCAACAGUACCAGCGCUUGUGGGAGCGGGUCAUCUAGCCUGGAACAGAUCUCUCAAUUUGUACAAAGGGAUCGUUUACCUUCGUCAAGUCCAGUUAAGUUGAAAGUUCCCCUACAAAGUAUUGGUGUGGAUGUACCACCUCAAGUGCUUCAGGUCAGCACAGUGCUUGAGAAUCCGACUCGGUAUCACGUUAUACAGAAGCAAAAAAAUCAAGUGAGACAAUUUCUCAGUGAGUCGUUCAAGCCAUCUGUUUGGGGUUGUCAUAACACCGAUACGAAAGCCGCAAAUACCUCAGUAUCCACUGGAAAUCUACACAAUUCUUCUUUGGUCAACAGUUGCCCUCCAAUCGAGCGGUCAAAUAGUUAUAGAUGUGAAAUUACUUCCAGUGGCAAACGAACAAUGCAUUCUGAUGAAUCCAUGCAAAUAUCUCCUUUUGGAGCAAGUUUUUUAAGAACUGGAAACUGCAACGACCAUGUUUCAUCGAGAAGUAUUAACCCUCAAAGUUCAGAAGAAUCCACAGAAAUUGUAAAUAAAACACAAGGAUAUGUUAAGAGGAAUUCAAGUUUAAAUUCUUCUAUUACUACACGUACUGCAUCUGGAAUAAUUAAUACGAUGCCCACAUCCAGUACAACGAGUUCAUUGCACUCCAUUUCAGCACCCAUAUCCCCAAGUCUAAGCUCUGUAGCUACAAGUGCUUCAGAGAUACCAUCAUUUGACAGCGAUGCGGAAGAUCUCUUUGAUGAUAUACUACAAAACGACUCGUUUAAUUUUGAUAAAAAUUUCAACUCCGAGCUUUAUAUUAAACAGGAACCACAUAGCUUGACUGAUGCUGAAAUAAAUGCUAUGGCAAAAGAUCGACAAAAAAAGGAUAACCACAAUAUGAUUGAGCGCAGACGACGCUUUAAUAUUAAUGACAGGAUCAAAGAACUGGGUACCCUUUUGCCAAAAGGUAGUGAAGCUUUUUACGAAGUCGUCCGUGAUAUUCGACCUAACAAAGGAACAAUAUUAAAAUCAUCUGUGGAUUAUAUCAAAUGCCUAAAACAUGAGGUUACUCGUCUGAGACAAAAUGAGUGCCGGCAGCGUCAGAUGGAAAUACAGAACCGCAAGCUUAUGUCUCGCAUUAGGGAGCUGGAAAUGCAGGCCAAGUCACAAGAUAUUACUUUAUCGGACUACCACGUAACAUCAGUAUCGGCACCCACCCCAGCAAACUUAUAUCUCAAAAGUUCAAGCCCUACUCCACCUGUUUCUCAAAGUCGUCGUUCACUUUUGGACGAAUUAAUAGUUGUUGAAAGAAAAAUACCAGAAAUAAAUACCAGCGAAGCCAGCAUGGGUAUGAAUCAGAUCGAUGAGCUCAUGGAAGACUGCAAACACCCGGUUCAAGGGGGCGAUCCGAUGUUGUCGUCUCAUAGUCACAUGCUAUCUGCUUCACAUUCGCCUACUGCUAAUCAGCUGAAUUGUACCAGCUAUGGACCAAAGAGCAGCUCGAAUGCAAAUUCUGGACUGUUUAACGAAACGCCCAGCGUCAACAUUUCAGAUGAUCUUACCAACUGCUGCAAUAUCGCUUGCAGCAAUUCAUGCUGUAUUCAUCGCCAGUUGCAGACACCUGAAGGCCACAUAAAUAAUUGUCAUAUAAAUAGUCAGCAAAGCAACAUGGAAUCUGAUUCUGUUCAAAACACAGUGUUUGGUAGGCUUGGACAUUGCAAUGGUGAUCACGAUCCACUGUUUUCAUCAUCCCAACGUUCACAUGGUCCAUUGGACGAUGAUCAACAUCAUUCUGUUGGCUUGUCUGCUGCGAUGAUAAACGAUUCGCUUACUUCCUUAGUAGACGAAAGUCAAAGUGAACCUAUGAUUCUUACUUCUGAUACUUUGGAUAUUGACCUUUGAAUCAUCAACUUUUGCAAUACAUCAGUAGUCCAAAGUCUACAAAUUAGUAUUAUGCAGUAGGCGUGGCUGAAAUCAUCGCAAUCACACUAUAUAAAUUUGUUAUAUACACAUGUCAUAUUAAUUAUCUACAGUAUUGGAAAUCCAUAGGAAAGUUUGGAUAAAAAGAAAAUUAGAAAAAGGCUUGCUCAAUGAAUUAUAGUGAAAUUUUGACGUCAA